UUCCUUCUUGUGCCGUCACUCCGCGGGAGGCUUUAUUAAGGGGUCGGCUCGUCUUAUCUCUCACAUGAUCUGGCACGCGCAAGAGGGUCGGCACGUGCGGAGGAGAGACAAGUCUAGAGGAGGCAAAAUUAUUCCCUGUAAUCGUUCCCCUCACAGAAGAAUGGCCCCUGGCAUGCAGUUUAUUAUAGUGCAUCUGAUAUUAUCAUAAUAUCACGAAAAAACAAGACGGACUACAGAAGGAGUCAUUCUCUCCACGAGCGCACCCUGUCCUGACGACAACUUUCUUUGUUUUCCUAUUGCGGAGGUCAAGAGGCAACACUUCUGAAGGUCUUUAUCCUCAGACAAUCAAGUGAUGCAAUCAAGUGAUGCUCCGAAAAAGUGAAAGAAAACAGAAACACCUGGUUAUAGCCUAGUUAAUGGGCGCGUAUAUAGUUUUGAAUAGUCAAACAUCUCAUUUGAAGACCUUUGAUGGCAUCACCUUUAAAUUUAGUUUUUCUCGAACAUGAAAUGUUGAUGAGAAGUGUUGGAGAUGUUUGACCGUGAGAGAAACCAACUAGAGUCACAGUUUUUACCGUGGAAAUAACUUCUCAGCGGUACACCCUUCUUGGAUAAAGUUCAACAAAUGUAUAAGGGGUUGUUGAACCUUUGAUCUGAAAACUGACCACAGAACAGACUGCCUGAAGAUGAUGCUGAGUCCAGACCAGCCAGACGCCGACACAGAGACCCUGCUGAACGGCAUCAAGAUGGAGUGCGCCCCCCUGCCCGCGGAGCCCGCAGAGGGCGAGGGCAAGGCGCGAUCUCUGUCCAUGCCUUCCCUCAGCAGGGAGGAGAAGAGGAGGCGGCGGCGUGCCACAGACAAGUACCGGUCCGCACACGCCACGAGAGAGCGGAUCCGCGUAGAGGCCUUCAACGUUGGGUUCGCAGAGCUGAGGAAACUUCUCCCGACACUUCCGCCAGACAAGAAGCUGUCCAAGAUCGAGAUCCUCCGGCUUGCAAUCUGCUACAUCACUUACCUCAAUCAUGUGCUGGACGCGUAGGGCACGCGUUAGGGAUGGACACCUGUCAGUGAAGGAGAGAAGACUGAACAUGGGGAAGAUCUCAAUUGCAUACUCCUCGCGUCCUCUCUCCUCUUCUCCUUCUCAAAACGAAUUGGAUGAGAAAG